AAAGGAAGGUUGCGAACAGGGAAGAUUGGUGGGUGAAGGGGCUACGGGAGGUUUGUUUACGUUGGUUGGAGCUGUGUUGUGAGCGGGAGGGCUGGCUUAGAGCAUGAAUAGGACAUCAUAGGCUGUGGAUUACAUUCUAACAAGCAGGAACAAGAUUUAGAAGAAAAUGCCUUCCUGUUCUGCAAGGGGCUGUUCCAAUAGGAGUGGUCGUGGAGCCAAGGUUACAUUUCACCUCUUCCCAAAGAACAAUGAAGCCCGUCAAAAAUGGGUUCCUGCCACAGGACGAAAGAACUGGAGCCCGGGGAAGCGUGCAGUGCUCUGUUCAGAACAUUUUGAUGAAGAAUGCUUUGACCGCACUGGCCAGACCACCAGACUUAGGAUUGGUGCUGUACCAACCAAGGGAAAAUUUGCACCAAAAAUUAAAAAGAACCUGAUACAUAUCAAGCAGGAACCUGAGGAUGAGCAGAAACCAAAGCAGAAACCAACUAACAAGCUUGGCAUCACCACGCGGUCUGGUAGGCAGUUGAGUGGUCGCAUGGCUGCAGUGGUGGCGGCAAUGAAGAGGGACCCAUCAGAGGAUGAGGAAGUGGAGUCACUUGAGCCAGAUGAUCCACCAUUCCUUGAUGCAGCUGCUGAUUCCCACAUUGAGUCAGCUCCCUCAACAUACCCUGAUCAUUUCUAUUGCCGUACUCAAAAUGAGAUGGAAGCACUGCUCAGGAAAAGUGAACAAAAGGUUGAAUUCCUUAAAAUGAAACUGGACUACCUUAACACUCCCAAGAAAAUUAUGAAACAGGAGCCUCCAGAUUGGACACAGUUUCGCCGUGCAGCGCUACAGAAAGAGGCAGAGCUAAUCAAGGUUUCACUGCAGGCAGGCUCACCAGCACUGAGCAAUGUUAAUACUAAAGAUCUCCUCAGAAGGGAUGAACAGCUCAGGGAAAAGCUCAAAGAGGCAGAGGAGAUUAAAAAGCAGAUCAAAGUGUUACAACAGAAAAAUCGUAGAUUGAAAAAGAAGUCCAAAGCCAAGUUCAUCCGAUAUGUGGUGAUGAUUGAGCCAACCAAAGCAGGGAAGAAUGCAACAGCUGCUUGCAGCCUUGUGAGGGAUGAGGAGGAAGAGGAUGAUGAGUCGAAAGAGGAGGGAGCAUCAGCCACAGUAGAGCAAAUCUCCUCUAUCCAAGAGUCUAUCCUCUCCCACACAGCCUCCAUGAUUAUGGGACCCAGUGGUUUGCAGGAUGAGAAGGACAAGCAGAUACAAGAACUUCAAAGGAAAGUUAAGAUUGCAAGACAGAAAGAAAAAAGGAAAACAGAACAGCUAGAACAUCUUCAGGAAGUUGUUGAGAUCUUGAAGGAGAAGUGCUCUGAGUACUCUGUCCUGAAGGAACCUGCCACACAGAGACGUUGUUCACUGUGUCACUCCUUCUUGCUCAAAAGAUGUCACCAAAUUGCUAAGUCAUGGACUGCCUCUGACAUUGCUCAGGAACCAACUUUACCUCUUGGGUGGACAAAGCCUCAUCCUGAGAUUGUUCAAAUGGCAAGUCUUGGAUCCUUAGACAGUAAUAAAAUUUCCUUCUGUUCAGACUGUCAGGCAUUAGCAAAGAGGAAUAAGUUGAAGCAGAGAUCCCUUGUAUCAAGGUUGAACCCACAAUGCUGACCCAGGUAAUGGCUCCUAAUUGUUAAUUGUAGGGACCCUCAUUCUCUGCUCAUACAUCCCUGUCUGUAAAGAAUGCCAUCAUACUUUACUGUAUCAGAUUGACUUUUCACCCUUUUUGUAGCUUCUCCUAUGGCAGAGGAACAAAAGGAGUUAUUUUUCCCCAAAAAAUUAUUGAGAUGUACUUGAUGCUUUCGAGCUUUUGAAAGUAAGUUGCAUCAUGUAAAUGAUCAUGGGUGCUGAUCCAUAUGGAGUAAGGGUAUGUGCAUUGGCCAUGUGCAAAGAGAUAAUAAAGUAUUUGUAAAU